CGCUUGCGCAUGCGCCCCAGGGUUUGCAGCAUUGGAAGCUGACGGGCUGUGUCGUUGGCGACCAGCGGCGAUGGAGACGGCGAAGAAGCCGUCGAAGCCGUCGGGGUCUCCUCCCAGCGCUUGAGUUGGGGCCUCACCGGGCAGCCAUGGGGCUGAGUUCCAGCUCCGAGGUUCCCGAUGGGGGCUCCGAGGGCUACCAUGUGCACGGGCCAGCGGACAUAUCCAACAAGGCUUCCUCCUCUUUAUUUUACCCCACAACAACAAACAACAACCCUGUGAGAUUCAGGAAAAUUCCCCUGCUCAGCUGGCUGGAUUAGAGCCAUUCUUUGAUUUCAUACUUACCAUAGGACAUACCAGACUGAUUAAAAGCUGCUCGACAAAGGCACACAGAGACGAGGAAGACGUCUAGCUGAAUAAAGAAGGCGACACCCUGAAAGAUCUACUAAAAGCCAACGUUGAGAAAGCUGUGAAACUGGAAGUCUACAACAUAAAAUCGAUGAAAGUGCGGGAAGUGGAGAUCAUCCCCAGCAACAUGUGGGGAGGGCAGGGACUGCUAGGGGCCAGUGUGCGAUUCUGCAGUUUCCAAGGUGCCAAUGAACACGUCUGGCAUGUGCUGGAUGUGGAGCCAGCUUCUCCGGCAGCCUUAGCUGGCCUGAAGCCCCAUUCUGAUUAUGUAAUUGGAUCGGAUCAGAUACUCCACGAGUCUGAAGAUUUCUUCUCCUUGAUUGAUUCCCAUGAGGGAAAGCCUCUGAAGCUGGUGGUCUACAACACAGAAACGGAUUCCUGCCGAGAGGUUUUUGUAACGCCCAACGGAGCCUGGGGUGGCGAAGGAAGCUUAGGAUGUGGCAUUGGAUAUGGCUACCUGCACCGAAUUCCCACACAGGCUGCUGCCCCAAAGAGAGCAGCUGAGAUCUCUUCUUUUUUGCCCUCUGGAGACUCACUGAUCGAAUCCCCAGCUAAUGGCUACGUGGAGGCUUCCUUGAUGGCACCUCACCCCAAAACCGAAGAAACCGAGAGUUUGGGCCACAUCUCCAAUCAAAGCGUGACUGCCUAUUCAUUAGAAAAUUCCCCGCACCUUCCUCCCGCUCCUCCUCCUCCUCCUGUCCAGAGAGUCAUGGAUCCAGAUUUUAUAGAUAUGUCUGGAGCUUCUUUUCCUGAAUUAAUUGACUUAGUAAAAACAGCCCACGUGCCUUCCUCUCCUUCUGUCACCUUAUCAGAUGUUCUGGAAGCUUCUGGAAGCUUAUCCACACAUAGUGAAACUCCUUCAUAUUUUGACCAGGCCUCUCUUCCGUUCUCAGAAGAAUCGGUAUCUCUUCAAGCGGACGAGAGCUCUCCUCCCGAAUUCCUCGAGGGAAGGCCUUCCGUGUCUCCUCCACCAGCCCUUCCUAGGGACAGGUCACCCGGACUGGAUGCCAAUGCUCAGGAAACUGCCCGACCCCUAAGUGGGGCUGAGACCCCCAUACCACCCAAAACAGACGGCAGCGACAAAAGCACCCAGGAAUUGAUUGAUGAAACCCAAGAGGCCUAGCUUUUCAGAGGACACGUUUCACCUUUGGGGCUUUGAAGCCAUUGGCACCAGAAAGUGCUGGUUUUGUGUGCUGCAGAAACCUUUGAUUGGUUUCUGGAUCGCGGUAGAAUUCAUCUUCCUUCAGUCACACUAUUGACUUUGGAGCCUGUAUACCCACGUUAGUUCUGCUUAGUGGUAAUACUAAUGGUCGGAGUUUAGAAACAUAAUUCUUUUUUCUUUUUUCUUUUUUAAAGAGCUUGUCUCUAGCUGCUCAGACAUUUUAAAAAAGGAAGGGCUCUUUGAGCAAUACCAGCUGCACCAGAUAGGUAGGAAUUGGUGUUGGCUUUUCAGAUUUGUUUUUUGAGUUUUUAAAUCUUAAAAGAGGUGCCUUAAGCUUCUUUGGCUUAAUGCACCUAUUUUGCUCUAUAUUUCCUUCCCAAAUUCCCUUCCCCUCCCCUCCAUUGCUAUAAAGAGCUGGAAGGGAACAGGAAGACGUCCUGGAAGCAUUUGUUCCCGAGCGCAGCUGAUAAGAAAUGCAGGAAAACUGAUACUUCAACUCCCAGAAUUCCUGAGCCAGCUGGCUCAGCAAUUUUGGGAGUUGAAGCCCACAUGUCGUAAAGUUGCCAUAGUUGCUCAUCCCUGCCUUACGGUAAGACUUUUAGCCAAGUGCAGCUGAUAAGAAAUGCAGAAAAACUCCUUAUAGUAAGCAUGGACUUCAACUCCCAGAAUUCUGGGAAUUGAAGGCCACCUGUUGUAUGGUUUCCUUAGUUGCUCAUCCCUGCCUUAAGGUAAGGCUUUUAAGGUGAUUUUAUUUGAAAAGUUUUAACUUAGAAUUUUAAUAGGAAGAAUACCUUGAUCUUUUACUCUAAAAUCCCACCUAACCCAUAACAAAAACCAACCCGUUUUAGUCUUGUUUGAGCCAUUUGACCUCUGAUGUGCACUCAAAGCUUUCUGAAACAUGUGAGAAUUAAGAUCCCAAUGCAAGAUCCCAAAGAAGUAUGCUGCUUUCCCUGACCCCAGCAGAUUUCAUGAAUGGGAUAGUUUGGGUUUCAGUAAGAGAGGUGUCCACGUAUAAAAAAAUGCAAUCUCAUUAUGUAAGUACAUUGGACUGGGAAUUUCCCCUAACCUCUGUUUUAUGUUUCACCCUAGAGAGCUAUAAUCAUUAUUCGCUGCUGCAGAAAGUUUAUAUACAACCCCACGAAAACUCUCUCGGAAUAGUAGUUGAAGAAUCAAAGGACAUUAGCAAUGUAGGGUUCUUAAUUUCUGUUCUAAAUUAAGAGCUGUUGCUUCAUGCUGUGACAGAGGCUUGGUCGAUUACUGUUACAAGCCACUGUUAUGUCUGGCGAGAGGUUAGUACAAUGGCACUAAAUAAUAUUUAAUUUGAGGUGCAUGCUACCAAGCAAAUAACUGGUCAUCUUGUUAAUGCAGUGGUGCCUCUUAAAAGUGGAAGCAUUCUUUUCUGCUUAUAUGAAAAAAAAAAGAGCAAGAUUGCUUCUAAUGUGAAUAAUGGAGCAAAUUGGAGCAAACACUAAAUCAGGUGCUUCUCAACCUCAGACACUUUUAAGAAGUAUGGACUUCUAACUCCCAGAAUUCCCUAGCCAGCAGAGACCGGCUGGAGAAUUCUGGGAGUUGAUGUCCCCAUACCUUAAAAGUGGUCGAGAUUGAGAGGAUUGGGCUUUCAAGGGUCAUUUUUGGUCAGUUGUGUCUAAACUUUAUUUUUAAAGAUUGCGAAAGUUGCCCAUCUUUGUUUUUAAGAGAGAUUUAUUCUAAUUUGAAGCCAUUUUAUUGUUGUUUUUAGAAUUUCUUUAACUUGGUACGUUGUCAGCUACUAAAAGUCUCGCAAUGAUUUACAGUGGAAUGCGUAUUGUCUCAAAUAUCUCGUGGAACCAGUCCUAAGUUAAGACGUUUUGACAGUAGCAGGCCCACAUAAAGGCAAGCUGAACACAAUAAAAGUACAAUUUGCUUAAACUUGAGUUGCCCAAGAGGGACUCUUGACAUACUAAAAUUCCUACCUCAAGGUCCCAUCAACUGAUUAAUAGCACAGACCGCUUGAAAAGAAGGUAUCUUAGACCAGCAUUAUCUCAAAGUCAGCAGCUUUAGGGUAUGCAGACUCCCAGCACCUUGCCUGGGGAUUUUGGGGAGUUAAAAAAAUGUCGCCUUAAUCUAUGCAGAGAUUCCGGGAGCUGGUUCUUCAACUGUCCUGGCCUCCUGGCGUUUAUGGCUUUUUAAACUGGCAGCCAUGUUCCGUGUCAAUAGGGCAAACACUGUUCAUGCUGUGAAGCCCAUGCCAGCAAACCUUCUAGACAAGCCUCUUAGCUUCUUUUGUCUCAUAAGGCUGUUUAAGAAGCACCCUGCUCUCGAGAGUGCUCCAAACAUUUUCACAGGGUUCUGCCAGGCACAGGAAGAUGAGAUGUCAAGAAUCGGCAGCCAUUGACCUAUGCUCAUAUUGUACUUUGCACUACAUUUUAAUUGAAGAAAGCAGCACAGCCCUGUUUUGUAACAUGCCCUGAGGAGAGUUUCGUGAAAAUGUGGAAUGUUCUUUAGAAAGCAUCCGGUUAUAAACAUUUCCUAUACCCAGUUAUAUAGCAAGUUCAAAACAUUUUCAUACGGCAGUGAAACCAACACUUGUAAAAGGAAACACCCCAAACAGCUUAAAAUUUUAGCUAAAGAUUUUUUAUUAUUACUUUUAUACAAUUGUGAAGUACAUAUUUCUUUUGGCAUUAGCAGGCCAUCUGCUAAUCUUUCUGAAAUGGUUCCUUCUGGGUGUAGAAAUUGAAAUCUUGGCUGAUUUUUAAAUUAAAAUAGGAAAACAG